CAGCGCCGGUUGCUUCGGCGACACUUGUCGUUACCUCUGACUAACUGUAAACGUUAGCUCGGCUCGGGCCGUGUGGGUCAGGUCGGUGCUUUACCUUCCUUCUUUGCUUGUACGGUAAAUAUUAUGGCGGCCGCGAAUCCACGGUCCUCGAGUGAUGGCGGCCCGGCCAGCAGAGGAGGAUUCUCGGCCGGGGAGAGCAGCAACGACGGGUCGGGCGGCAGCAGCAGCGGCGGCAGCGGAGAGGGCGAACGGGAGCGGGACCGGGCCACCUUCGAGUGCAACAUUUGUUUGGACACUGCCAGGGACGCUGUCAUCAGUAUGUGCGGCCACUUGUUCUGCUGGCCCUGUCUUCAUCAAUGGUUAGAGACACGGCCCAGCAGGCAGCAGUGUCCUGUAUGUAAAGCUGGAAUCAGCAGAGAGAAAGUCAUCCCACUGUACGGCAGAGGGAGCUCCAGCCAAGAGGACCCCAGGUUGAAAACUCCACCUCGGCCUCAGGGACAGAGAACAGAGCCAGAGAGCAGAGGCGGGAUGUUCCAGGGUUUCGGGGACACUGGCUUUCACAUGUCUUUCGGCAUCGGUGCUUUCCCCUUCGGCUUCUUCACCACAGUCUUCAACACCAACGACCCCUUUCACAGAGCAGAUCAGUAUGCAGGUGAUCACCAAGGCAACGGUAACCUCAACAACGGCAAUAACAACUGGCAAGACUCCCUCUUCCUGUUUGUGGCCAUCUUUUUCUUCUUCUGGCUGCUGAGCGUGUGAUGGAGAGACUGGAUGGGAUGAAUGAAUGAAUGGAUGGACAAACGACACAAGAGUGGAUCACUGGGAGGGAGGAGCGCAAAAAAAAAAAAAAAACUAACAAAAAAACAAACAAACA